UUCAAAAAUUCCAACAAAGAAAAAAAAAAACCUUUCAAAAACCCGAGUGAAGCGUAUGACGAGCGAGAGUGCCACAUCUCCGGCGAUUCCGCCUCCGCCUGAGCAUCAGCCACUGCCGCAGAACUCAGUCUAUCCCGAAACUGUUCCCGCCGCACCUCCCUCUCCGCCGCCGCCUCAAAUUACGAUGGAGGAUAUUGUAAAUAGCAACGGAAUACUAACAGAUCAAUUGAAUGAAGAAGACCCAUCUUUUUACAAAUAUCUCGAGAGUGAAGAGUAUGCUGAGAAGUAUCGAAGGUACGAAGAUAACUUUAAGCAGUAUAUUGUGGAUAAGUACUUCUCUGGAGAUGAUAUGUAUGAGGAGAGAACAACAAUCGACGGUGAAACCAUUUAUUCAAGCAAGUGGCCUUCUUUGUAUUCGUUUUCAGACUCGGAUGAUUCAUUUGUAGACCCUGUACAAUGCAUUAUUGAAGAUGAAGAAAAAGUAGAGGGAGAAGGAGACGAAGAAGAAGAAGAAGUUGAAGAAGUAGAAGCAGCAGCAGAAGAAGAAGUUGAAGAGGUAGAAGACGUAAUGGAAGUUGAAGAGAGCGUAGAUUCAGCUUCUGCAGUGAUGCCCAAUGGUGAAAUCUCCAAUGGAGGCACUGUCUUAGAGAAGAAGGACAAUUGUUGAUGUAGGCAAGAUACCAAAAAUGCUCGUUUAAGUUCGUUUUUUCGGUGUUGACAUUGUUUGGAUGAACCUUUUGCUUAAGUUCAUUUACUUCAAAGACCAAUAAUGUGAUACACAUUAUGUUUGAGGUAACUGUGAAACCACUCAACCAGUAUAGUUGAAUUAUAGCUA